UUUUUUUAAAGGCUAUAAGCACGACUCUGAACAAAAUCACACCUUUACACGGAUUACUCUUCAAUUAAAUUCAGAUUCAAAGGGACUGAAAAAUACGGACAGUAGGACUUGGAGAAGAUGACAAUCUUGUUGGACAAUAUGGCUGCACGAAAGCCAACAUUGAAUUCGCAGCUCCCGCAGAUUUUGACAGAUCGCUGAAGAUGGCUGCGAAACUUGCCAACCAUCCUCCUUUAGAAUUAAGUCCGUUUCUAGGUAAGUGCAAGACGUGUUUUUGCACAUGGUUUUUUUUGCAAAAUAUUUCGUGUGUUGUUAGAUGAUUACAGCUCGCAUGAAACCUCAAAAAGUAAAGAGACGGGCCUGUUUAGAAUAAACAAAACAAAGAAAAACUUAUUUUCUGAAUUUGUUAAUUGUUCUGGGCUUGUAUUUUUAAACAUGGUCUUCUGGGCUAAGCCCAGCCUAUUUGUGACGUAAGGCCUAGAUAUAAGAAGCGUUGACUUGUCCGCAUCAUCAUGUGAUAUCUCAUAAUUGUGAGUCGGUAUGGUUUUUGUCCAUUUCCACAUCAUGUGCAUGUCCCCUUUCAUUUAUUUCAUUUCUAUAUCACCUUUCAAAUUAAUAUCUAUAGCACGGAAUUAUUGAACCAAAUAUAUAAAGUGCCCAUCAUACAUUUACUAUAUCAGAUAUUAAAUAUUGUUUUUAAUUAGCUAUAGAAAACGAUAUAUAAUACUACAAAAAAACACUAGUCUCUUCAAUACUUCAACUACCGACCACGCUAUUAGUAUUAUACUAGUAUUUAUCUACGAACCAGCAUGUGCUUCCUGUUAAUCCCAAGUUUUGGUUGAUAAUAAUAAGUCAACCGUACAUGGAUUUCAGCUUAUGUUUCUGCAUUUUUAUUUCUACUAUGUUUCAACAAGAGUGUGAGAAGUACGCAUGCAGAAAUAAAUAAAUAAAAGAAACGGCUAGUGGGUGAUUAUACUUUUUAAUCUGUGAUUAUAUCUUAAUCUGCUUCACUGUGUAAAUGUCAAUCUGGAAAACAAUCAUGAAAAACUCAUUAUUUUUACAUUAUAAGGUAUAUAAAUGGCAACGAACUUAGGGUGUAAGUAAGAAAAAAUAAACACUGCACAUGCAUUGGCUUUUAGCGAAAUACGUUAUUUAAAGGUAGUCACUAAAAUGGACAGCAGCGGGUCUGCAACUACCAUGUGCUGUGUUUAUUUUAUUAUUUAUACAUAAAUUUAUAUGAAUAACGAUCGAAAACUCGUUAACGAAACUUAAAACAAGGUUAGGAAAAAGUGUUUGUUGGUAGAAAGCAUGAAGCAUUGCUUGCGGAAUUAGCAAUUAGCAUUUACAAGUUUAAUCAGCGAUUGUGACUUAACAUCGAUAAUUAGGUGAAGCGGAGAUGAAUAGAGUAACAAAACCAUUUUUGUUAGUUUCGGAAUAACAAAAGAAAGAAUAAAAAAAAAACUGAGAGGGGUAAAAGGGUAAUAAAGUGAAAAAAAUGUUCUUAGUUUAGCGCGGCAGUUUGUAAAGUGAAAGGCUAAUAAUAAAAAGAGAGGAGGAGUUUGCCAGAUUGCAGAAAAACGCCAUUAACGAUCACAGCUGUGCGAAUCCGAUUAAUCCAGAGAGGGAGAGAGAGUCAUAGAAUAUCUGGAUCUUCUUCUUCUUCUUCAUUCAGAUUCUCUUCUCGGAGCUGCCUUUGGUUAUCUUUAUCUUCUCGGAGGGUAGACGAGGCAGGUGUAUGUAUGUGUAAGUAAUUUGUGAAAUUUAAAACAAAAGAUUCGGGUCGUCCUCACUGCACAUGGAGUUAGCGUUGAGGCAGGUCGAACAUUCUACAGAAGCGGCUGUGUCAUCAUCAUCUUAAGGCCUCCUUCCUUAGGUAUGAUGAUGACUACGGAAGCGGAUCAGAUGCAAGGACCAAGCGGCGGCGGCGGCGGCGGCUGUGAAGAAAAGAUUUCUGUUUCUGUUCGUCUGCGACCUUUAAAUGACAAGGAAAUGUUGAGGAAUAAUUCCCCUGACUGGGAGUGCAUCAACUCUACAACCAUCAUGUACAGGAGCCAUCUCUCUAUCUCUGACCGUUCCAUGUAUCCUUCUGCUUACUCUUUUGACAGAGUGUUCGGCCCUGAGUGUUGUACCAGGCAAGUCUAUGACCAAGGGGCCAAGGAAGUAGCUUUCUCUGUUGUCAGUGGCGUUAAUGCUAGCGUCUUUGCGUACGGGCAAACAAGCAGUGGAAAGACAUACACCAUGAGUGGAAUUACUCACUGCACUUUGGUUGAUAUAUAUGACUACAUUGACAAGCACAAGGAAAGAGAAUUCAUUCUAAAGUUCUCCGCCAUGGAGAUCUAUAAUGAGUCUGUGCGAGAUCUCUUAAGUACAGAUAGUAGUCCGCUCAGACUUCUAGAUGAUCCUGAGAAAGGGACAGUUGUUGAGAAACUCACAGAGGAAACUCUGCGAGACUGGAAUCAUUUCAAGGAGCUCCUUUCUGUUUGCGAAGCUCAGCGGCAAAUUGGAGAGACAGCUCUGAAUGAAGUUAGCUCCCGGUCUCAUCAGAUUUUGAGAUUGACAGUUGAAAGCACGGCUCGUGAAUUUUUCACUAACGAUAAAUUUAGUACACUAACAGCAACAGUGAACUUUAUUGAUCUUGCUGGAAGUGAACGUGCAUCUCAGUCAUUAUCAGCCGGCACAAGGUUGAAAGAAGGUUGUCAUAUAAACCGAAGUUUGUUAACGCUGGGAACUGUCAUCCGUAAGCUAAGUAAAGGAAAAACUGGUCACAUUCCAUUCAGAGAUUCAAAACUGACGCGCAUACUUCAGUCUUCCUUGGGAGGAAAUGCCAGAACCGCCAUAAUAUGUACCAUGAGUCCUGCAAGAAUCCAUGUUGAGCAAUCAAGAAACACGCUUCUAUUCGCGAGCUGUGCAAAGGAGGUGACAACGAAUGCACAAGUCAAUGUCGUCAUGUCUGAUAAGGCUUUAGUGAAACACUUGCAGAGGGAGUUGGCUAAACUGGAAAGUGAGUUGAGAAGCCCUGGUCAGCCUUCGGUUGCCUCUGACACAACAACUGCAUUACUGACGGAGAAGGACCUCGAGGUUGAAAAGCUCAAGAAAGAGGUAUUCCAACUAGCACAAGAGCUAAAGCAAGCUCGUUGCGAGAUUGAGGAUCUUCGACGAAUGGUUGGAGAAGGAAAACAAGGACCAAAAGAGACACUAUCUACAGAGGUGGUGCUGGUGGAACAUCAAUACCCGAAGCUGAGGGUGCGCAGUACAUGGGACUCUGAGAAUACAACACCAUUAAGCCCUAUAUCAGCUCACCGUUCCAGCUUGUCUCCACGAUCAUCUGAAUACAGUUACGACGACAACGUCUUCCAGCUUUCAGAUUUCAGGAUAGAUUCUGGGUCAAGUAGUCCAUUUCAUCAGCAUGCCUUUGUAACUCCACACGGGGAAGAAACUAAAGACCAAUCCCAAGUUCACACAGAAGAAACUGAAGCUCAACCUCAUGUUCCGAGGAAUGUCUCGUCAACAUUAGUUAUUUUUCCUUCUCCAGCUGAGGAGGAAGAGGUUGAUGAAAUGGGUAGAGAGACUGAUGGAAAUUCUGAGGAUGACUGCAGGGAAGUUCGAUGCAUAGAAACAGAUAUUAUGUCAGAUGUCACUAGACAUCCACAGGAAAAUAUUCCGCAGAGCAGUCCAGAUAGAUUUGACGUUGUUAAUGCAGAAGAACCAGUAUGUGUGACGGAGCCAAAGAGCCUACAACUAUCCACUAAAGCUGAAGAAGAGGAAGAAGAGGAAGAAGAACCAGUAUGUGUAACGGAGCCAAAGAACAUACAACCACCAAUUGAAGAUGAAAAGGAAGUAGAAGAAGAAGAAAGAGUAAAGGAAGUGAGUAAUUCCUCUACUCAACCAAAACAAGAAAGCGAACUCAUCAAAACCCCUCCUCCAUGCUGUGAUUUCAAAUCAUCUCCUGAUGAGUUUGUUACAAGCCUUAGUAGUAGCAACCCGACGCCUCCAGUAUUCAUCACUCCCUCUCCUGAAAAGCCAUUCUCUUGGCUUACGGAGAGAGAAUCACAACCGGUCAGAGGCAUGAAACUGACUAGAAGCCGGAGCUGUAGAGCAUGCGUGUUGUCGAGCGCUUCCCCAUCUUGGUUUGAGAAAGAUGCUGAUGCUGACACACCGCCAAGUUGGUACGACAAAGGAUUCGCCAAAGCAGCUGAGAUGCGCGACAUCAAGAAUGAGAGGUUGCUGCAGGAUGAGUUCAGCGGGAGGAGCAUGCCAACAACUUGGAUCGAGAGAAGCUUUAGCGACACUCAAACUGCGCAUGCUACUGCUUCUUCACACAACGAAAUGUCGUCAUCACCAAAUGAAUCUCUGUCCCGCCCCUCUGAUGUUUCUGCGUUUGAGCUUCAGACGAGUGGCAGCCCUUCUACAAGCCAGGAGAAAACUGAGGAGACUGCUGCUCAGAAAGACAAGCGAAUCAUUCAUCGCUCGAUGGAGGAAAUAGAACAGAAGUUGUUCUUGGGGUUGAGUUCGACAAAGAGUUUCAAAGACGCUGCAUUGGACCCAAUACAAGACUACCUAGACACGCCUUUGAAUUGGCCGGAAGAGUUCAAGAGGCUACAGCGGGAGAUCAUAGAGUUAUGGCACACGUGUAACGUCUCCAUGGCCCACAGAAGCUACUUCUUCCUAUUGUUCAGAGGGGAUCAGAAAGACUGCUUGUACUUGGAGGUCGAACUCCGUAGACUCAAGUACAUCGCCCAUAAUAGCAAAGCCAGCGACGAUCUGAGCCUAGUGUCCAGCACGAAGGCGUUGACUAGAGAGAGGUUUAAGCUGAGCAAGUUGAUGCAGAGGAAACUAUCCAAGGAAGAGAGAGAGAACUUGUUCUUGAGAUGGGGAGUUGCGCUGAACACAAGGCACCGGCGGGUCCAGCUGGCGCACAGACUCUGGUCUGAUUACAAAGACAUGGGUCAUGUCCGAGAGAGUGCCUCCCUCGUUGGUAAGCUCCAUGGAUUCGUCGACAUGAACUUGACUUCCUCCGACAUGUUUGGCAUCAACUUUGCUUUCAGACCACCUCGUCCCAAGAAAUCUAGUCUUUGGAAACGCAGUGUUUUGUCCCUCUCCUUUUUGUAACUUUGGUAGUAGUAAGUAAAGCACACUAUAAAGAAAUGUUCGCUAAUGAAAUCACAAUCUUCUUUUAUAUUGAUCCUGUUGAUUUAAGUUGUCUCUCUCCCAUUAGUGAAUUUGAAGGUAAUGGCGUGUUUUCACGA